GUGCCUCGAAACCAAAACAGGCUCUCGGGGCGUAAAAUCUAAAAAGAAAAGCGGGCAACUCAAAGAACGGGCAAAAGCAAAACAGAAGAACAGCGACGUUACGAGAGGGCACCGGUCGUCGUAUUCAUGACCACCAACCACCAUCACCACCACCGAUUCUCUCUGUAAACCCUAAUCGACGCACAAUCUCUCUGUAUCUUUCAAUUCCUCAUUUCCAUGGGCGCUUCGAUCGAGCUACUUGCGGUCGAAAUGAAGAACGGCGAUCGUCUCUGCGACGAUCGUCUGUGGGGACUCUGAGAAACUCGAGGAGAAGCCUGUGUCUUUUUUUUUUUUUUUUGUGUUUCUGUCUGCGUGGAUUCUUCGUUUGGGGGCCAUGGAAGCUUUGACGCAGUUGUGUGACCUGAUUGCGCAGAGCCCCGCGCAAUUUGCGGAGAAACUGGCGUGGAUUUGCGGCAGAUGCCCUCCGCCGGAGUUUUUCCUUGACGGAUCUCCUAGGGUUUCGAGGUCUCAGCUCAAUGCGGUUCUCGCCGUCGCUCGGUUUCUAUCUAAGUGCCCUAGUCACGAUGAUCACCGCCCCAAAUCGGUCAUUCUCGAGUUCCUACGGUCGAUUCCUUCGUCCUUCAAUCAAUCUUUCUGGCCGCAGUCGUUCAGCACUGACGCAAUUUCCUCUUUCUACUGCGAUUUCUUGGGGUACGUCGAAAAAGCCACCGAAUUGUCCCCGAAUUUCGCCACGGAGGUUGCUGGCUUCGCUGGCGAGAUUGUGAUCUUAGCGGUCAGUAAUGCGAGUGAAGAUUCAGGGAUUUGCAGGGCAUUUUUGAUUGCUCUUACUCAGAGUUUCCCGCCAAUUUUGCCUUCGGAUGCAGAUAGAUUGGUUUUGUGUCUCUUAGAUCAAUUUGCAAUCACUAUUCCCUUGUCUCCCAGGGAAGUAGCGCUGGUAGCAUCUGAAACGUCAUCGGCUCAGAGCUCGCCCAUUAGCUCAAAUCAUUAUCAUCCGAAUGAGAACUUGAGCCCGGGAAAUGAUGUGAGCCAUGUGUCGGGCUCUUCAAGCAGCGCAGCAUCAAGGACUGCCGAUGAUGCCACGAGUACUUCAUCCAGGGGGUCAGUAAUGAUGAAUGGGGGGAACAAUCCGUGGAAGAGUGGCAUGGAUCAAUCGAAUUCCAAUUAUGGUUCGAGUGAUGGGCCCAUGUUUAGGCAACAAAUUACCUCAUUUGAAGAAGAGUCUGUAGAGACAUUGGAGAAACAAGAGAUUGCUUAUAAAUUGAUUGAUCAUAUUCUGGAUAAAGCUCAUAUUGACACUAGGCUUUUGGAGCAGGUUAGGAUUUUAGCGAGAAAGCAGCUUCUAUCCUUGUCGGUAUUUUUAAAGAUAAGGAAGCGGGAUUGGACUGAGCAAGGGGUGUCAUUGAAAGCCCGCAUCAACCAAAAGCUAUCUGUCUACCAAGCUGUGGCUAAAUUAAAAGUUAAGAGUUUUGCGUCCAUUGAUUCAGAUGGAAAGUCCUCAAAGAGGCUGUUGCUUGAGACACUUGCAUUGUUGAUAGAUGCUGCAGACGCAUGUUUGCUCUCUGUCUGGCGAAAACUGAGAAUCUGCGAAGAGCUUUUCAGCUGCUUGCUGGCUGGAAUAGCACAAAUAGCUGUCACUCGUGGGGGUCAGCUCCUGCGAGUUUUGCUCAUUCGCCUUAAGCCCCUUGUGCUGACUACAUGUGCACAGGCUGAUACUUGGGGCAGCAGCCAAGGAGCCAUGUUUGAGAGUGUUCUGAAAACAAGCUGUGAGAUAAUUGAGUACGGUUGGAUCAAGGACCGUUCUCCUGUUGACACCUUUAUCAUGGGGUUGGCUACGAGUAUUCGUGAACGAAAUGAUUAUGAAGAGCAAGAUGGGAAAGAGAAGCAGCCCGUUCCUCUUGUGCAGCUUAAUGUUAUACGUUUGUUAGCUGAUAUGAAUGUGUCUGUAAACAAGCCUGAAGUGGUAGACAUGAUAUUGCCACUGUUUAUUGAAAGCUUAGAAGAGGGUGAUGCUUCAACUCCUAGCUUGUUGCGACUCCGACUUCUUGAUGCUGUAUCUCGCAUGGCGAGUUUAGGUUAUGAAAAGUCCUACCGUGAGACAAUUGUUCUGAUGACAAGAAGCUAUUUGAGUAAACUUUCAAAUAUAGGGUCUGCUGAAAGUAAAACAUUGCCCCCAGAAGCGACUACAGAACGUGUUGAGACUCUCCCUGCAGGAUUUCUUUUGAUUGCUAGUGGCCUGACCAAUGUUAAAUUGAGGUCAGAUUAUCGUCAUCGUUUGCUAUCAUUGUGCUCAGACGUAGGUUUGGCAGCAGAGUCCAAAAGCGGAAGGAGUGGAGCUGAUUUUCUGGGUCCUCUGCUUCCUGCUGUAGCUGAAAUAUGUGCUGAUUUUGAUCCUACUGUGGAUGUGGAGCCUUCACUAUUGAAAUUGUUUCGCAAUUUGUGGUUCUACAUUGCUCUUUUUGGAUUAGCACCUCCUGUACAGAAGAGUCAACCUCCAAUUAAAUCAAUUUCUACUACACUCAGUGUGGGAAGCAUGAGUACAAUUGCUCUUCAAGCAGUGAGUGGGCCAUACAUGUGGAACUCUCUAUGGUCUUCUGCAGUACAGCGUAUUGCUCAAGGGACUCCACCCCUUGUAGUUAGCUCUGUGAAAUGGCUUGAAGAUGAGCUGGAACUUAACGCUCUUCACAACCCUGGCAGUCGUCGUGGAAGUGGCAAUGAGAAAGCUGCUCUAACACAUAGAACUGCUCUUUCUGCUGCUUUGGGAGGGCAGGUCGAGGUUGCAGCAAUGAGCACAAUUUCAGGUGUCAAGGCGACAUAUCUCCUUGCCGUAGCUUUCUUGGAGAUAAUACGUUUCAGUAGUAAUGGUGGAAUUCUUAAUGGUGGUACCACUUUGACAGCUUCCAGAAGUGCCUUCAGCUCUGUCUUUGAAUAUCUGAAAACUCCUAAUCUUAUGCCAGCUGUCUUCCAGUGUCUGACCGCAAUUGUCCACACAGCAUUUGCGACAGAAGUAUCAUGGCUGGAGGAUCGGAUGUAUGAAACUGGCGCUGAAGCUGAAAUUAGGGAGUCUACUCUUUCUGCUCAUGCCUGUUUUCUCAUAAAAAAUUUGUCCCAGAGGGAGGAACCCAUUCGGGAUCUCUCCGUCAAUCUGUUGAUUCAGCUCAGGGAUAGAUUUCCACAGUUGUUGUGGAAUUCCUCUUGUCUGGAUUCGCUGCUAUUUUAUGUUCAUAAUGACUCACUUUCUACUAUUGUCAAUGAUCCUGCUUGGGUGGCUGCUGUUCGAUCUUUGUACCAAAGAAUUGUUCGGGAAUGGAUCAUUCUUUCACUAUCACAUGCUCCCUGCACUAGCCAGGGUCUUCUUCAGGAAAAGCUUUGUAAAGCAAAUACAUGGCAGAGAGCACAGCCUACAGCUGAUGUGAUAUCUCUUCUAUCUGAAAUACGAAUUGGCACAGGUAAAAAUGAUUGUUGGUCAGGCACACGAACGGCAAAUGUUCCUGCAGUUAUGGCUGCUGCUGCAGCAGCAUCUGGAGCAAAUUUGAAAUUGAUGGAAGCAUUCAACUUGGAGGUUCUCAGUACUGGUAUAGUUAGUGCAACUGUUAAGUGCAACCACGCUGGAGAAAUUGCUGGCAUGAGAAGGCUGUAUAACAGCAUUGGUGGAUUUAAUUCUGGCCCUCCACAAACAGGCUUUGGGCUUGGUCUCAGCCUGCAAAGGUUGAGAUCUAGUGCUUCUCAACAACUGCCACCUGAGAAUGAUUCAUUUAAUGAGAUUUUGCUUUCCAAGUUUGUGCGCCUACUUCAACAAUUUGUUAACAUUGCAGAGAAAGGUUUGGAAGUGGAUAAGUCUGCAUUUCGCGAAACUUGUUCUCAAGCAACUGCAUUACUUCUGUCAAAUCUGGGUUCUGAUUUAAAAUCAAGUAUAGAGGGUUUCUCUCAGCUCUUACGUCUUCUUUGCUGGUGUCCGGCGUACAUUUCCACACCAGAUGCAAUGGAGACGGGUGUAUUUAUUUGGACUUGGUUGGUUUCUGCUGCACCUCAGCUGGGAUCUCUUAUACUUGCGGAGCUUGUUGAUGCAUGGCUGUGGACAAUUGAUACAAAACGUGGUAUCUUUGCAUCUGAAGUGAGGUAUUCUGGACCUGCUGCUAAGUUAAGGCCUCACCUUGCCCCUGGGGAGCCAGAAAUGCAGCCUGAGAAGGAUCCUGUUGAACAAAUUAUUGCUCAUAGAUUAUGGCUUGGUUUCUUUAUUGAUCGGUUUGAGGUGGUGAGAUACAGCAGUGUUGAACAACUUUUGCUCUUUGGUCGGCUGUUACAGGGGACGACGAAACUACCCUGGAAAUUUUCAUGCCAUCCUGCAGCUACUGGUACAAUUUUCACUGUCAUGCUUCUUGGGCUUAAGUUCUGCUCAUGCCAGUUCCAGAGCAAUCUGUCUAAGUAUAAAACAGGACUUCAGCUGCUGGAGGACCGGAUUUAUCGGUGAUCAUAUUUAAUUUUGUAUUUAACCAGUACUUUUGGUGCUUACUUUCUUUAACUUUGUUUGGUUGCUAGGAAAUGAUAGAAAUGGAUAAUUGUACUUUAAAUAUGAGAUUUCUUGAUCUUGCAAGUAUAUGACCUUUUUUUUUUGUUAUUUAUUAUUAUCAAAUCCAAAAAGAAAAAGAAAAAGAAAAUGCAUGAUUCAUAAUUUUAGGCCUGAAAAGGAACUUCCUUCUCAAUUUGCCAUUGAGCUCCUAUCCUGUAGAUCUUUUGCAGCAUUUCUUUCUGAAAGUGUUGAUACUUUAAUCCCUUUACCUGAGGACUUCCCAAGUUCCUCCAGAAGGCAUUUACUUGUAUUUGGACUCUGGUGUUCCAUAGGAUUGACCAUUGACCUUCGACAUGCUCUAAAAUAGAGAUUUCAUAACCUUUUUUCUCCAAAUGCCUGCAGGGUUUUCAGAAUCGGGAUCCUACGUUGGAUCGUUGGCGGGGUUGGCAGGAUUGGAUCAUAGGAUCAGAUUGAGGAUUGUAAGAUUCCACUUAAAAUGUAAAAUUAAAAAAAAGGAGAGGAUGUUCCAUUGGACUUGAACCUAUGAUGGUUGGUCACAAAGGAUCAACCUUACUGUUGAUUCAAGGCUCGUCCUCUUACAAUGUAAAAUAUAUAUUUAAAAUUUAUGUAUGUGGAAUUUAUUACAAUUCUUAAGACUAAAAAUUUGGUUAGUAUAAGUAGGUAAAAGCCCAUUUUGGAAUGUAAGCUGCUAAAAUUCUUCGCUGCUUUUCCACUGUAAUUAGACUAUUACAGUGAUCACUCAUCAAUCCUCACUUAUCAAACAACAAAAAUUCAAAAA